AUGAUGGCCUCAUUGCAGGUCCGAGGCCCGGACUACUCGGCCACCAAGCAAAAGGCAUUCGAAGACGCCAAGAAGAUGCAAAAAGCAGUUCUAGAGGCGUGCAAGAAAACCGGCAAGGAUAUUCCCCAGUACCAGUUGUCAGAGCUCAUCGGCAAGGGAAGCUUUGGCCGCGUCUACAAGGCCAAGUCCCUCGCCUCAGGACGCCUCGUCGCCGUCAAGAUCAUCGACAUUGAGGAGAGCGACACUGUCAAUCCCAAAUUAGCUGAUACCUACAGCGACCUCAUCAAGGAAAUCAACGCGCUGCAGCGACUCAGCGACAGCGGCGCCAGGAACAUCAACCAUGUCAUCGAAGCAUUGCCCGUCGGACAGUCUAUGUGGAUGGUGACUGAGUACUGCGCUGGAGGAAGUGUCGCUACACUCAUGAGACCUACCGCCCCCGGAGGCUUGCAGGAGAAAUGGAUCAUCCCUAUCCUUCGUGAGGUAGCCGAGGCCAUUCACUGGGUGCACAGCCAGGGCAUUAUUCAUCGAGAUCUCAAGUGCGCCAACGUUCUCAUCACAGAAGUUGGCGAUGUUCAGCUUUGCGAUUUUGGAGUUGCUGGCGUAAUUGAGACCAAGUUCGACAAACGCACAACGUUUAUCGGUACACCUCACUGGAUGGCGCCCGAGCUUUUUGAUGAAGGAGCUUCAUAUGGUACCGAAGUCGACAUCUGGGCUUUCGGAUCCAUGAUCUACGAAAUCGCCUCUGGGUUGCCUCCAAAUGUCGCAUUUGGGAUGGACUUUUCGAAACUCGGCACCCACCUACAACAACAUAGCCCUCGCCUGGAUGGCGAAUACUCUACCGGUCUGAAGGACCUGGUCGCAUACUGCUUGCAACAUGAUGCCAGCAAGCGACCAACCAUUGAGCAAAUUCAGCGCCACAGAUAUAUACUACAUACCGAAAAGGAGUAUCCAACAACAGGCCUCGCACACUUGGUCCGGGCUUUCAAGCUCUGGGAGGCUCAGGGUGGCGACCGCCGCUCACUUUUCUCAGCCGGCGGCGCACAGGGUUUGGCUGACCUUUCACCUGCCGCCAUGGCAAAUGAAGAGUGGAAUUUUAGCACCACAGCAGCCUUUGAUCAGCAGGUUAUGAAUGACGGCGACGCGCAGGAUGUGUAUGAUGUGUACGGAUCAGACGUCGAGUAUGCGCAAGCCGAAUUCCUCGAUACGGCAAAGCCGCAGAAGCCGAAGUCGCGGCGCCGACCGCCGCCUCAACAGCUUGCUGCAUUCAAAGCACCUUUGGAAAAGGUCUUUGACCCCAAUACGCUAUCCAGUUACGACGACAACUCACGAGCAUACUAUGGCCGCAUGUUUCAGCCACCACCUUCACAGCCUGCAACGGGAGCUGUCGGCAACGGAUCGGAUUUGCCGCUACGUGAUGAUACUGCGCAACCAACAGACGUACGAGAAUCGUUGAUUGACUUGGAUGCUUCGCUCCAUGGAAGCGACCUAUCACAAUUCGUCGAUAUGAACACGAUGAGAGCCGGUGAGGUGCGACCUGGUGACUCGCGAGCAUCACUCGACUACGAAUUCAUCGACUCCCAUUAUACCCAAGGACCUCUUAGCGACCCUGCCGACCUCAGCGCUAACAACCGGAGGACACAAGAUUGGAAGUUUCCUUCUAUGGCGGCACCUCCUGCGUCAGCCAACCCCGAAGUAUUUCGCUUCCCAUUCAACAGCACCCCUCCCGCGCCCGAUUCCGGAGGCGGACGACCAGCACUGGUCCAUCGCCCGACGGAACCCGUUUUGCCCUCUGCAGGCUUCCACGAUAUGGCUGCGGGCGUGCACGGGCACUUUGACAACCGCGCCUCGGUCGGCUCCUUGAUUGAUCUCGACAUGAGCUUUGCCGACCCCAUCAUGGACAGCACGCGACCGUCGACGUCGCACUCGGACGUGGGAUCAAUGAGCGGCUCCGAGAUGGGCGGCCCCAACAAUAACCCCUUUGAGCUGGAAAAGCAUGCAUCGCUGUACACGAUGCCCGUCUCGACGCGCGAGCCCUCUAUCUACGUCUCCGACGAAUCCGAGUUCUCCUUUAACGGCGGCCACCACGAGUCCAUCAGCACCAUCGACGAUCGAUUUAGCAUGCACAAGCGUGACGUGUCCACCUCGAGCGACCAGCUGAGCGUUAAUGGUGGUGGUGGCGGCAUGAAUGACAAUGCUCGGCCCUACUCCCUCAGCGACUUUGCCGACACGGACCCCGAGUCCGCGAUGCCGCCACCGCAGACGGCCCUAGUUAAACCGCAGCAAGCCAGCGGCGGCUUUCCAUCCUCUCGGCCGCCCAGCCAGUUCCAGCAGCAACAGCAGCAGCAGCAGCGCUCCCUCUCGCAAACCUCAUCGACCGACUCGACGGCUGGGUUCCCCGCGCUGCCAAAUGCCCCCGCGCCGCAGGUGCUGCAGGGACAAGCGCAUACCGACGCCGUCAAGCACGAACUGCGUCGGAUGGCCAUGAGUCUCGGCGAGCAUCUCAACUUUGCCAACAAUUACCUAUCAAGCCUUCCCAUUCGGCGCGGCAGCACGAUUCGCAUGGAGGCCUCUGGUGAUGAGUCGUAG